AUGUCAGGAACAAGAAGUAUUAUGAGGGGUGCUCCUGAGAGUGAGCCUAUUGUCACUCUACCCUUCACCACGUUAUGGGGAGUUGGAAUCGAACCUGAAAAAUGUCGCCAUGAACGAAAAGAAGGCAGCGGAAGCAAGAGGAAAGCAGAUAAAAACGACAAGAACCCAAUAUACCACCGUCCUGUUGAAUCUCCGGAAACACCACGAAGUAGAAAGGAAGAAUCAAUGAACAUCUAA